AUCACAAAAACCCUUAGGAGAAGAAGAACUAUUUCAAAAUAAAGGAGGAGAAAGACGCUAAGUUAGUGUAUUUUAGAUGAGAUAAACAUUAUUUCGUCAGUGUAUUAUUUACUUUUCUCUCCAGACACGACAUAUCUGUAGACUAAUUACAACAACAAUAUAAGGAGAAACUGGAGGACCCUUAAAUGCAGCGCAGCUCUCCAUAUCUAGCUAAGCAAACUAGCUAACAUUGGCUAGCAAACACCGUGCUAUGCUAACUUUCCGCCCAGUGUCGCAUUUUUAACAUUUUACAAGUUACGGCCGAUCUCGUUUAGAAGGUCCACCUGUCCACCAUGUCUUCAUCCGAGGUCAGCAUGCAGGAUAUGAGUGAGGUCGUGAUUGUCACUAUACCAGACAGUGUGAGCGAGGAGCUUCCCUCUGUGGUGGAUGAGGACAAAGCAGUGCUGGUGACUGCAGAGCUGGCAUCUCAAGCAGGGGACGAUGUCCUCAGAGUAGCUGCAGUGGAGGCAGACACUGAUGCCAGUGGAUCAGAUUCAAUGUCAAAGGAAGAGGCAGUCAUUGUAAAGUUAACUGAGGAGGUGGAUGUGGAGGCUGAUGUCUUCUACCCGAUCACCUGUGGAGACGCCAAAGCCACGCUGGUCUGGAAGAAGUUUGUUUGUCCUGGGAUCAAUGUGAAAUGUGUUCAGUUCAACGAGCAGCUCAUCAGCCCGAAGGAGUUUGUGUGUUUAGCAGGAAAAUCCACUCUGAAAGACUGGAAGAGAGCGAUCCGCCUCAAUGGCACCAUGCUCAGGAAGAUCAUGGACUCGGGUGAACUGGACUUCUACCAACACGCCAAGGUCUGCUCCAACACCUGCCGCAGCACCAAGAUCGACCUGGUGGGAACAAAAGUGUCCGUCAGCAGUGACCAGUCUGCUGACCUCCUCCCCGUCACCCCCUCAUCAGCUGACUUGAAUGGAGCAGCAGCUACGUUUCCUGAUUCCUCAGAGGAAACGUCGGAGUGGGUCACAGCCAUCGCAGAGGACUCUGUGGUUUUCUGGCAUUCAGUGAAGGAGGCAGGGCUGUUGGAGGAGGUGGUGGAGGACUUCCAGAAGGAGCUGCAGGAGGUGCUGAAGGGGCUUCAGGAGAGAGUGUGUAACCCACCACUACAGGUCAAAGAUGCCGUCCUGCUGAACAACAUAGUGCAGAACUUUGGGAUGUUGGACCUGGUGAAGAAGGUUCUGGCCAGCCAUAAGAGCCAGAUGGACCGCUACAGAGAACAGUACUCUCGCAGCCUCGCUGCCCUGGAGCAACAGUGCGACGAGCACAGGAAGCGAGCCAAAGAGCUGAAGAGCAAGUCCCAGCACCUCAACAACGUUCUGAUGACCCUCACCCCGGUCCCGGCGCUGUCUCCGCCCAAGCGUCCCCGGCUGACGCGCACCAUCUCCAGCCCGGCCAAGGUCAGCGCCGCUCCGGCCCAGAUCACGCUGCCUCUCAACCAGCUGACCAGCCUGCCACUGGGCAAAGUCCUAACCAUGGCAGGAACUCCGGGCAGCACCAACCUGGGUGGCUACACCUUCCUGACCUCCGCGCUGUCCGGGUCAGAGCUGGUCGCCGACUCCUCCAACUUGACCGUGCUGUCCACGGCGGCGGGCCAGGAGGGCGCGGCCGGUGCCGGCGGCUUCGUUAAAGUGGUCGGACCUCAGUUCCAGCUGGUGACGCUGCCGGCCUCGCUCCAGAGCCUGGCCUCCACACUGGGCACCAGCAUCCAGCAGCAGGUGGACGGCGUCAGCGUGAUGGACGCCACGGCGACCGUCGCCGAUUCACACGAGGAAGCUCAGGCCGACGGAGACGAAGGCCACGCGGAGCAGGUCAAAGAGGACGAUAAGGAGCAGCAGUGAAACCAUGUGCACUAAACCUUACACGUUACAUUCAUGCAGUCAACACACACACAGUUUCAGUUAGAGCGACCCCUGGUGUCAGCAGGUUGUACAGUGAUUGUAAAGUGAUUCUCCUGUAAAUAUGUAUUUGUGUUGAGUGUAAAAGGAGCAUUCAGGCUAAUAAAUGCUAAGUUUUUGAAAA